GAGGCGGACGGAACGCAGCCGGCCGAGCGUCGAGCUCCGAGCCCCGCCACUGCCUGGGAUCCCGGGCCGCACCGGAGCCACCUUCCCGCCUGUGGGAGCAAGGAGGAGGGCGCGUCGCGGCGUCGCUGGGGCUGGACCUGGACCUGCCGGGACGCGCCACCGCCCACCCGCCCGCGCCGCUGCCGCCGCCCGCGCCGGGAGCUGAGCCCGCGGCGCCGGCGCUGAGCGGGCCCCCGCCGCCCGAGCGCCCCGCAGGCCUCAGGGCGGCCGCCUGGGUUGUCGUCGCCACCGCCGCCAGGCCCGCGCCGCUGGAGCCCAGCCGAGGAGUCGUUGCUGCCGCCGGGGACGGAGCCCAGGGAGAAAGAACAAGAAACACAAAAAGAGGAACGUUUGAUGGAAGAAAAGAAAAAGAAAAAGCAGGAAGAGAAGAAAAAGAAGGAAGGAGCUCAGAAAAAGUGCCAGAACCUACUAAGACCUGCUCCGGCCAGCCCCAGCCCGCCGGCCCCGGGACCAGCACUCCCACCAGCACUCUCCCCAGCGGCGGCAAUGGCAAACGCGCUCCCGCCGGCAGCCAGCAGCCAGCUGCGUCCCGUUACCUGCCUCGAGAGGUGCCUCCACGCUUCCGCCAGCAAGAACAGAAGCAGCUAUUGAAGAGAGGUCAGCCAUUGCCCACGGGGGCGCUGACCAGUGGAAGCCCCACCCAGGGUGCUGGGCCUGCGGGGGUAAGCCCUCCUCCCCCGCCCGGAGCCGGCACGCAGCAGCAGCCCGGCAAGCUCCAGCCAGAUCUCAGUCACAGUGGAUUGGCAGAUCAUUAUGAGAGCUCCCACUGGGGACAGCAGCCCACUUUCAGAAGUGAAGCCAGCGGUAGCUGGGAUAAAGUGAUAAUAGACAGGACUGAUAAGGAGGCGUGGCCUUCCAUCACAGGGGCGGAGACGGAGUCUGCCUCAGAAUGUGCUACAGACACUGACUCCGCCUCCAACUGCGGCUCGGAGAGCAGUAGCAUGGCUACGGGGAGUGCCCAGGGCAGCUUCACUGGACAUACCAAGAAGACCAAUGGCAAUAACGGCACCAGCGGCGCACUCAUCCAAAGCCCUCCAAACCCAGGCGCCCUUGGAGUGGGGGGAGCCAACGGCAACGGCAAUGCGGCCAGAGCUUGGGGCAUAACUGCAGGCUCCAGCUCCGGCCUCGCUCACUGCUCUCUGGGUGGCGGGGACGGGAAAAUGGACAACAUGAUUGGAGAUGGGAGAAGUCAGAACUGCUGGGGCGCUUCCAACUCCAACGCUGGCGUUAAUCUCAACCUUAACCCGAGCGCCAACCCGGCUGCCUGGCCGGUGCUCGGACAUGAAGGAACUGUGGCGACAGGCAGCCCUGCCAGUAUUUGCAGUCCAGUCAGUGCCAUAGGACACAAUAUGGGCAACCAGAACGGGAACCCAACAGGCACUUUAGGUGCUUGGGGGAGCUUGCUGCCGCAGGAGAGCACAGAACCACAGACGUCCACUUCUCAGAAUGUGUCUUUCAGCGCACAACCUCAGAACCUUAACACUGAUGGACCAAAUAACACUAACCCCGUGAACUCUUCACCAAACCCUAUCAAUGCAAUGCAGACAAAUGGGCUGCCCAACUGGGGCAUGGCUGUCGGCGUGGGGGCCGUCGUCCCGCCCCACCUGCAAGGCCUUCCUGGUGCUAAUGGAUCGUCAGUCUCUCAAGUCAGUGGGGGUGGUGGCGAAGGGGUCAGCAGUUCUGUGUGGGGACUGUCCCCCAGUAACCCUGCCGCAGGAAGUAGUGGCUCUGGGCUCAGUCAAGGGAGUGGGGACACUGUGAACUCAGCACUGAGUGCUGAGCAAAAUGGGUCUAGCAGUGCUGUGCAGAAGGGAGGGGGCGGAGGGGCUGCCUGGGACUCAGGGCCUCCUGCUGGCCCUGGGGUCCUCGCCUGGGGGAGGGGCCGCGGCAACAACGGUGUUGGGAAUAUCCACUCUGGCGCAUGGGGCCACCCCAGCAGAAGCACUGCUAAUGGCAUGAGUGGGGAGUGGGGGAAGCCCUCGAACCAGCAUUCCAGUGGUGACGUCGGUGGGAAAGGAUCGACAGGGUGGGACAGUCCUGGUGUCAGCGGCCAGAGCCCUGCCGUGCAGCCUGGCAGCGACCACCUGAGCUCAUGGGCCAAAGCCGCCUCUUCCGGAACCACGGCGAGUGAAGGCAGCAGCGAGGGCUCUGGCGGUCACUGUGAAGGAGGGGCCGGGAGGGAAGGGGCUGAGGGCCGGAGGCGCGAGAAGGGGAUUCUAGACCAAGGGCACAUCCCGUUGCCAAGGAAUGAUCUUGACCCGCGAGUCCUGUCUAAUACUGGUUGGGGACAGACUCCAGUAAAGCAAAACACUGCCUGGGAAUUUGAAGAGUCCCCGAGGUCUGAGCGAAAAAAUGACAAUGGGACAGAGGCCUGGGGCUGUGCGGCUCCUCAGCCUUCACACUCAGGGGGGAAGAGCGAUGGGUCCAUCAUGAACAGUACAAAUACCUCUUCAGUGUCUGGGUGGGCCAGCUCCCCACCUGCUGCUGGGCCGGCAGACGCAGGCUGGGGGGACAACAGUGGCAGAGCACCAAACGGCCCCGGGGUUUGGGGGGACUCGGUAAGCUCCACUGCUGUUCCUAAUGCUGCUGCUGCCAAGAGUGGCCACACUUGGAGUGGGACCGUAAGUCAGGAGGACAAGUCACCCACCUGGGGUGAGCCUCAAAAGCCCAAAUCUCAAAACUGGGGAGACGGACAAAAAUCGAAUCCAGCCUGGAGCACAGGAGGGGGGGACUGGGCAGAUACGUCUGCUGUCCUCGGACACUUGGGGGAAGGGAAGAAAAACAGCUCUGGGUGGGACGCCGAUGGUGGGCGGUCGGCGUCUGGCUGGAGUGAAUCUGCACGGGCUGGGACCAGCGGCUGGGGCAGUGGCACCGGUGCCAAGGCAAAUCCAGGGGCAAACUGGGGAGAGUCUUUGAAACCCGGCCCCCAGCAGAACUGGGUGAGCAAACCCCCAGACAGCAGCGUGAGUAACUGGGGUGGAGCUGCUUCCGUCAAACAGACAGGAACGGGGUGGAUCGGGGGGCCGGUCCCCGUCAAACCGAAGGACAGCAGUGAGGCCACGGGCUGGGAAGAGCCUUCUCCGCCAUCCAUUCGACGCAAGAUGGAGAUUGAUGACGGAACUUCAGCCUGGGGCGACCCGAGCAGCUACAACAACAAAGCCGUGAACAUGUGGGACAGAAACAACCCGGGCCUCCAGAGCAGCACCUCGGCCGCCGCCGCCACAGGCAACAGCGCGAACGCAGUGGAGCCGCCACAGCCGCCACCCCCGGCCAGCGCCCCGCUGAGCAGGGCACCGCUGCUGGGUCCAGCUUCGUCCGGCUGGGGAGAGAUGCCCAGUGUUCAUUCAAAGGCCGAAAACUCGUGGGGAGAGCCGUCCUCCCCUGCCGCCCUGGUCGAUAACGGCACGGCAGCCUGGGGCAAGCCGCCCAGCAGCGGCAGCGGGUGGGGAGACCAGCCCGCGGAGCCUGCGGUGACGUUCGGCAGAGCCGGCGCACCAGCCCCGGCCCCAGCCCUGUGCAAACCAGCUUCAAAAUCUAUGCAAGAAGCCUGGGGCAGUGGUGGGGACGACAUGAGCCUCGGUCCCAGUCAGUGGGAAGACGAAGAAGGGGGAGUAUGGAACAAUGCUGCUUCCCAGGAAAGCGCCUCCUCCUGCAGCUCCUGGGGGAACGCCCCCAAAAAAGGACUCCAGAAGGGCAUGAAAGCGUCUGGCAAGCAGGACGAGGCCUGGAUCCUGAACCGGCUCAUCAAACAACUCACGGACAUGGGCUUCCCGAGAGAGCCAGCUGAAGAGGCCUUGAAGAGUAGUAACAUGAAUCUUGACCAGGCCAUGAGUGCUCUGCUGGAAAAGAAGGUGGACGUGGACAAGCGCGCACUGGGAGUGGCCGACUACAAUGGAAUGGUCACCAAAGCCCUUGGCUGCCGCCCACCGAUCUCCAAAGAGUCUUCCGUGGACCGCCCCGCCUUUCUCGACAAGGACGGCGGCCUCGUGGAAGAGCCCACGACUUCACCAUUUUUGCCUUCGCCGAGCCUGAAGCCCCCCCUUUCCAACAGUGCCCUCCCUAGUCAGGCCCUGGGCGGGGUUGCCUCAGGGCUGGGCAUGCCAAACUUGAAUUCUUCUCGACAGAUACCGAGUGGCAGUCUGGGCGUGUUUGGCAGUAGCGGAGCAGCACAAGCCAGGAGCAUGCCGCCGCCGCAGCCGCCCAUGCCGCCGCUGAACCCCUCCCAGCCCGGUCUCCGUGCGCAAGUGCCUCAGUUUCUAUCCCCUCAGGUUCAAGCACAGCUUUUGCAGUUUGCAGCAAAAAACAUUGGUCUCAACCCUGCACUAUUGACCUCGCCGGUUAACCCUCAGCACAUGACGAUGUUGAACCAGCUCUAUCAGCUGCAGCUGGCAUACCAACGUUUACAAAUCCAGCAGCAGAUGCUCCAGGCCCAGCGGAACGUGUCCGGACCCAUGAGACAGCAAGAGCAGCAAGUUGCGCGCACAAUCACUAACCUGCAGCAGCAGAUCCAGCAGCAGCAGCGCCAGCUGGCCCAGGCCCUGCUCGUGAAGCCCCCGCCGCCCCCGCCGCACCUGUCUCUGCACCCUUCUGCAGGCAAAUCGGCCAUGGACAGCUUCUCCCCGCACCCUCAGGCCCCCGGCCUGCCCGACCUGCAGACCAAAGAGCAGCAGUCUUCGCCCAGCACCUUCGCUCCUUACCCUCUCGCUGGACUGACCCCCAACGUGAGCGUCGGCAGCAUGGACAUGACUGGCGGUUUGCCGGUGAAGGACCCAUCUCAGUCCCAGUCGCGCCUCCCUCAGUGGACACACCCCAACCCUAUGGAUAACGUGCCCGGUGCUGCUUCUCCUCUCGACCAGAACCCCGGCAAGCACGGUGCUAUCCCUGGAGGUCUGAGCAUCGGGCCUCCGGCCAAGUCCUCCAUCGACGACUCCUAUGGCCGGUACGAUCUAAUCCAGAACAGUGAGUCACCAGCCAGUCCUCCGGUAGCUGUCCCCCAUAGCUGGUCUCGUGCCAAAUCUGACAGUGAUAAAGUCUCAAACGGCUCCAGCAUCAACUGGCCCCCAGAAUUCCAUCCUGGAGUUCCUUGGAAAGGACUUCAAAACAUAGAUCCUGAGAAUGACCCUGACGUCACUCCUGGAAGCGUGCCCACCGGGCCGACCAUCAACACCACCAUACAGGAUGUCAACCGCUACCUCCUCAAGAGCGGAGGGAAACUGUCAGACAUGAAAUCGACGUGGUCCUCCGGCCCCGCCUCCCACACGCAAGCCUCUCUGUCUCAUGAGCUGUGGAAGGUGCCCAGAAACACUACUGCACCCACGCGGCCACCGCCGGGCCUCACCAACCCCAAGUCUUCCUCCACCUGGGGAGCCAGCCCCCUCGGCUGGACCAGCUCUUACUCCUCCGGUUCUGCUUGGAGCACUGACACCUCAGGAAGAACCAGCAGCUGGCUCGUUCUCCGCAACCUCACACCCCAGAUCGACGGCUCCACCCUGCGGACGCUGUGUUUGCAGCAUGGGCCGCUCAUCACAUUCCACCUGAACCUGACUCAAGGCAACGCCGUGGUCCGCUACAGCUCCAAGGAGGAGGCCGCCAAGGCCCAGAAGUCCCUGCACAUGUGUGUUCUGGGAAACACUACCAUCUUGGCCGAGUUUGCUGGCGAAGAAGAAGUGAAUCGCUUCUUGGCCCAGGGCCAAGCGCUGCCGCCCACCUCCAGCUGGCAGUCCAGCACCGGGACCGGCCAGGCGAGGCUGGGCGCCGCGGGCAGCUCCCACGGCCUGGUGCGGAGUGACGCCGGCCACUGGAGCGCCCCGUGCCUGGCCGGCAAAGGGAGCAGCGACCUGCUGUGGGGUGGGGUUCCCCAGUACUCCAGCAGCCUGUGGGGCCCGCCCAGCAGUGACGACGGCAGGGUCAUUGGAAGCCCCACCCCGCUGAACACUCUGCUUCCGGGCGACCUUCUCAGUGGGGAGUCCAUCUAGGACCUCGAGGACCCUGCGGGCGCCACAAUCAUCAGCACCAGGAAGGAACCCUGACCCUUUCCCGGCCGGGCGUCGCUGAGGACCCCACUCGAGCCAAGCAGCCCGGCCGCCCUUCCAAGUACCUCUGUCCAGUACUGAGGACGGACCUCGGCGCGGUCCUUGCGAACUGUCCCGAGACAGUGCGGGCUGCACCUGGUCGGCGUCCCUCGCCAAUGACAGGACGUCCCUCAUAGCUUUUCAUUCUGUGUUGUCUCACGUUCGUGUGGCGUGUUGUCAUUUUGAUUUUUUAAGUAUAAAAGCUGCUUAGAAUAGUUCUAUCAUGAAGGGCACUUUUCAGAUUGUGGGCUGGAAAGGGUUAUUUUAUCAAGGGGGGGAGGGAGGGAGGGACGAGAAAGCCUGUUUAAAGCGAGCCUGUGACAUUAUGCACACGGCAGAGGCGGACGAAUCGGGGAGCCGAGCGGAAGGAACGUCUGCGUCUGUCCUCUGUCCCCACGGACCCGCCCAUGCACAUUACCCUUGUCUCAUUCUUGUUCAUGUCAUUGUUUUUAUCCCAAAAAAUAUUUUUUAAAAGUUAAAAAAAAGACAUAUCAAACAUGCAAAUACUUGAAUCCAGCAGGCCAUAAUGAAAUGUGAACACUUUCUAAGUCUAAUUCUACACUUCCAGGUCGGCAUCAGCACGCAGGAACAGGCUCCAGGAGAGAUUUCUAAGUUCACAGCCUAUGUGUGUGUGUGUGUGUGUGUGUCUCCAAACAAGCGAGUGUGUGCGCACGUGCGCACCUGUGUCCGUGCGUCCAGCGUGUGAGGGCCCUCACCGUGGGUCUCCCCUCUAUUCAGUGUAUGCUUUUCCUUGCGCGUCAGUCAGGCGUCUGUUGUUACUGGCUUCUAACUUUGCACUGAGUGUCCCCGCCCUUCCUCCCGCCGAUCCGACACAGACAGGACUCGCAGGACAGGGCCGGCGGCAGUUCACGUGUAAAUGUUUACUCAAGGACUCCGUUACCACGUCUAAAACGUACAUUGUGUAUCUCUGGAGAAAUAAUAUGUGUACCUACCUUUAGCAGCUUUUUAUUGCGGACUAAUGCAAGAAAAUUAUCACCAGAGUAUUGCACCAUUUUUCCACUUGGAAUAUAAAGUUAAAGAGAAAAACUGUUGUUGAGCCGUGGCCAUGGAUACUGGUGGAGGGCGGACGGCUCCGCGGAGGAGCGGAAGUGAGCACUUGGACGUGGGUCGGGACUGCUUUCGGAGGGGCCCGUGGUGGGGGCUCCUGCCUGUUUACAGACCUUUUUUCUCCUUCAGACUUUAAAAUAAAAAAAUUUUAAAAAGGAAUUUAAAAAAAAAAAAAGACUUCCGUCGUAAAGAAACCUAUUUUCAGAACACAGAUGCGCUACUUCAGAGCUCUGGGAUCGAACAGUGUUGUGUCCCCUCCGGCCGGCGCCGCGGACCCCGCCGGCUGUCCCCCUUCGUCCCGGCGGCGAGGCGGCGUGGUCACUGUCUUGCACACGCGGCGCGCUCUCAGGAAAGCCAGGGUUCCCGAGGGGCGGCCCCACACCAUUCAUGUAUUUUGUAACCCAACUCCUAGCACUGAAGAGGUUAUUAAAAAACAAACAAAAAAAAUAAAUAAAAAGAGAAAAAAGAGGAAAAAAACACAAAGAAAAGUACCUAAUCUCUAAUGUGUAGCAGUUACAUAUUUACCAAAUAAUGGACUCAAAAGAAAUAGAUGUUUGAAGAGUGCUUUAUAUAUUAAAAAUUGCUUUAUGUUUUAAAAAAGAAUCAAUGUUUUGAUUGUUUUGCAAGAAAGAAAGACAAUGGAGUAACAUACCCUCAAGUAUGUUUUAAAAAAUAUAUAUGAACCUGCGCUCCCUGCCUGCUCGGUCAGGAGACUUGUGCAUUACGUUUUUUUUAAUUAGCUUUUUAAUGGUUUUAUCAAGACAAAAAAGAAAAAGAAAAAACAAAAAAGAAGGAGGAGGAGGACCCGUAGAACUGCGGGCCCCCAGAAGCUGGUUUUCUAGAGGAUCACGAACUAUGCACACCUGGGUCCCAGACCCGUCCUCAAGUUCAUGGUGCGUUUAGCUCACAGCCCUUCCUCGGAGCGGCCGCGUUCACGGCCGUCGCACGCACCCUCUGUAUUUGAUGUACGCGUACCUGCCGGUGUACAUCAAGUAUACGUGCGAGUGUGCGUGCUCGCGCGGCACACAGCUUCCCAGGCCGCCGUCAGUGGCGUUGAGUUGUAGAAAAACUGACGUUUGAAAAUUGGGGAUGGGAAUAAAGAAUCUGUUUUUGUUUUUUCUGUUGGGUUUUUUGUUUUUGUUUUCGUUUUUUGUUGGGUUUUUCUUUUUUCUUUUUUUUUUUUUUUUGACCUCAUUUUGAAUGGAAGAUUUCUAACUCUGAGAUUAAGAAACAAGUUUGUGGCUUUUAAUGUUUUUCCUCAUAGAAUGUGAUUGUUGAACACGCACCGAAAGUUGCUUUCAAAAGUACAACGCUCUGUUGAAUCUUAAUAAAUUGCAAUUUUUUUCUUG